UGGUCGCAGCACAUAAGCAAAUGCAUUCCUGUACCGUACCCCUGAAAGCUUUUCAGCAAAUGCAUUCAAGCGACUACAGAAGCUUCUCUCAGCAAUAAGCCACCCUUCUGCCAUCAACAAGUUAAGACAAAAAAAGCCAUAGCAGUGGAAAGCAUUUUCAAUUAAGCAGCAGUACAAAAAGAACUCCAAUUCAGCACUGUUUAAGGAAUUAACAGACCUACCGCUGGAAAUCAAGGAAAUGAAUUCAAAAGGAAUAUGAGAAAAGAGGAUGUCAAGUCAUUUUUUUACUCGGAUGAGGACAGUAGAAGAAAGUAAAUUAUUCAAAGGUUGUCAGCGUUAGAGCCUUUUACAGACUCACUGUGUUGAGUCUAAAACUGCGACUGAAUGCAACCGCCAACGUACUCAAAAGAAUGGGCUUACAUUUCAAGUGGCCAUUAGGGGCUCCUAUGCUGGCAGCAGUAUAUGCAAUGAGUAUUGUUUUUAAAAUGCUGCCUGCCUUGGGCACGGCUUGUCCGCCAAAAUGCCGUUGCGAGAAGCUGCUCUUUUACUGUGACUCUCAGGGGUUUCACUCAGUGCCAAACACCACUGACAAGGGCUGUCUAGGUUUGUCUUUGAGGCACAAUGUUAUUAUGGAACUUGAAGGGGAUCAGUUUGCAAGCUUCAGUCAACUUACUUGGCUUCAUUUAGACCAUAAUCAAAUUGAUACAAUAAGAGAAGAUGGUUUUCAAGGACUGUAUAAACUCAAGGAAUUAGUUUUAAGUUCAAAUAAAAUCUCUUAUUUGCCAAACACAACUUUUAGCCAACUGCUUAACCUGCAACAUUUGGACCUCUCUUUCAAUCAAUUGUCUGCUUUGCAUCCUGAGUUGUUCUAUGGCCUUCGCAAACUGCAAACCUUGAGUUUACGUUCCAAUUCCCUGAGGACUAUCCCAGUCCGUCUAUUUUCAGACUGCCGUAGUUUGGAUUUUUUGGAUUUGAGCACAAAUCGCUUGCGAAGUUUGGCACGCAAUGGAUUUGCGGGAUUAAUCAAACUGAGGGAACUUCACCUAGAGCACAACCAGCUGACAAAGAUUAACUUUGCUCAUUUCCUACGGCUAAGCAAUCUGCACACGCUCUUCUUGCAGGGGAAUAAAAUUAGCAACUUGACAUGCGGGAUGGAAUGGACCUGGGGCACUUUAGAAAAGCUAGAUUUGUCUGGAAAUGAGAUCAAAGCCAUUGAUAUGACAGUUUUUGAAACAAUGCCUAAUCUUAAAGUACUCCUAAUGGAUAACAACAAGCUAACCACUCUGGAGUCCAAGGUUUUAUAUUCACUUACAACCCUUACUACAGUGGGCCUCUCCAGCAAUCCCUGGGAAUGCAGCCCCAAAAUAUGUGCACUAGCCACAUGGCUGAGUGGCUUCCAAGGUCGGUGGGAGCAUUCGAUACUUUGUCAUAGUCCAAACCACACCCAGGGAGAGGAUAUUCUAGAUGCAGUUUAUGGUUUUCAGCUUUGUUGGAAUUUAUCAACUGUUGUUACAUCCAUUGCUACAAGUUACAGAGCUCCAACGACUGAAUAUACAAAAAGGAUAAGCUCCUCAAAUUUCCAUGUGGGAGACAAAGAAAUUUCAACUACGACAGGCAUACCCAUUACUACAGAAGAGCAGUUGCCUGAGCCGAACAAUGCCAUCUUCAGCCAGCAGGUAAUUACAGGAACAAUGGCUUUAUUAUUUUCUUUCUUUUUUAUCAUUUUUGUAGUGUUCAUCUCCAGGAAGUGCUGCCCUCCCACAUUAAGAAAAAUUAGGCAGUGCUCAAUGAUUCAAAGCCACAGGCAACUACGAUCUCAAACACGGCUACAUAUGUCAAACAUGUCAGACCAAGGACCAUAUAAUGAAUAUGAAGCCAGCCAUGAAGGACCUUUCAUCAUCAUUAAUGGUUAUGGACAGUGCAAGUGUCAGCAACUACCCUAUAAAGAAUGUGAAGUAUAAUAUAUACAGGUAAU